UAUUGCCUGGUAAUCCAACUAAGUUUUUAAGUAGAAAAUGAAAAAUACCCAUGGAUAGAAUGCUUCUUCAGUAAGUCAUCACAGCUCUUCAAUAACAUGAUACAAAUUUACCAAUAAUGGACGACAUACGGAAAGGGAUGUUGAAAGGUUGACUAUAGUAUCACCGGGACCAAACGCAUAACUUUAAUCAUUUCUACCGACGCAAAUAUUUUUUAUAAACGAUACCAAGCCAAAAUGUCGAGAGGGAGCCAGCUAUAUCUAGGAUACUUGUGGCUGAUCCUCGCGUUUUGUGGAGGCCCUGGGGUAUUGGUGGACAGCCAGACCCCGGACGACGUGAACAUGUUACUGAGCGACCUGUUCACUAACUACAACCCCAGAGUCCGCCCCGUGCAGAACCAGAUGGACCCAGUGGUUAUGGACGUCAGCCUGUAUCUGUUCAGCGUUAACGAGGUGGACGAAGUCAACGAGAAACUGGUGACCACGGGGUUCCUGGACUUGAAGUGGAACGACGCUCUCCUGCAGUGGGACCCCAACAGUCACAGCGGUAUAGAUCUACUGAAUCUCCCACAGAAAGACAUUUGGAGACCAGACUUGGUUCUAAAGAAUGGUUUCACCAAGUUCAAAGAGUUAGGAGGCGACCAUUAUUACCUAACUAUAAACUAUACUGGUGACGUGUUUUGGUACCCGUAUGAAGUAUUUCAAACACGAUGCGCGAUUGACAUCACCUACUUUCCGUUCGACGAGCAGACAUGUGAUAUAUCCUUUAUCGUUUGGUGUUACACGGCCUCUGAAGUCGUCAUUACGAAGUCUAGCAACGGAGUCAACGAAUAUGAGUACGAGGAGAACGCCAUUUGGACAAUAGUCGACACAGAUUCCGAAGUUAAGACGGAAUCGUUUGAAUCCCAAAUAACCUUCAGCAUCACUUUGCAACGGAAGCCUCGAUAUUACGUCAUCAAUAUAAUCGUUCCUAUCGUCUGCUUGGGAUUCUUGAGUCAGCUGGUCUUCGUAGUUCCCACGGAGGCAGGAGAGAAGAUGUCGUACGCCGUCACAGUGUUUCUGUCCUUUGCAGUGUUCCUGACGAUGAUCAGCGCUGAUCUACCAAAGAACUCAGAGAGCACGUCCGUACUCAGUGUGUACCUUGUUGUACAGAUGAUGUCAGGGGCGCUGGUUCUCGUGAUCUCCGCCAUGGAGCUUCGAUUACAUCACAGGAAAACCACCAAUCAGAUGUCACUCAUUUUUGUGGGUAUUGUCAAAGCGGAUCGACGAUUGAGAUGUGUCACAUCCUGUCGAUCCUCUGAAAAGGUUGCUAGCACUUUGGUAGAGGAGUUGGACUUACAAGCAGAAAAGAAUUCGAAGGGAUCUAACUCUGAUAUCGAGUGGAGCGACGUCACGUCAUCGAUUGACUUUUUUUGUUUCUGGGUAUUUUUGAUGCUAAAUGUUAGUGUAACAUUAUUUUUGUUUCUGUAUAUUUCAGGAACUAUUUGACAACCCAGCUACAAGAACUUUGGAAAAUGUAAUAAUUCCAUGUGUUUGGUGAUUAAGGUCGUAUGGGACACUUCCAUACUGUGACGUACUGUUUAUCGAAAUAACAAUAAAACCAAGUGUAAUUUUAUAAACAGUUUCUCUCCUGAAAUAGAACACCAACAGAGUAGCGCAAGGGUUAGAUGGUUCGCUUCUAAUCUGUUAGUCAUGAGUUCGAAUUCCGCUUGUGUUUUAAAAAUUUAUACCCUAAGUUUCCAACAUUUUUGGAAACAUUUUUUUGGCUUAAUAUUGUAAAAUUAAAAAAUUCUAAACCUGUAAAAGUAUUUUAAUUAUAAUGUACUUUAUUCCCCAUCAAUAUUGACAUAUGUCCCAUACCACCUUGGAGAAAUGACAUGCAACGAAGUCAACUCAAUCAAACCACUCUAUGUAACCAUUUUUCCUGCACCUCACGCUAUUAUAUACUAUGUCCCAAGAUAUCAUCGAUUCAUAUUUUCCUUAAAUACUUAUAUUAAAUAAAAAGUAUUAAAAAUUUCUAAGAGUUCUCCUUUGAAACGCCAUCUCUAGUUUACACGUCUAAAAAUGUGAUGUCUACAGGAAUUUUGUAUUGCAACAGACCCGGAUGAUAACAUUGACAGAUUUGGCGAGGUAUUCCGAGUGAUUUCCGAAUGGAGAAAAGAUGUCAACAUUUUCCAUUAUAAAUCUCCAUAAGAAAUCUGUUUUUGUUCCUGUGAAUUUUUCGAGUGAAAAAUGAUAAUUUUCGACUGAAAAAUGAUAAUGUGUGAAUGAAAUUAUCUUGGAUAUUUUCCUUUUCAUCAAUUCAUAUUGCACUGUUUUCACAGGUAUGUAUAUUUUUAUUAAAAAUAUUGAAAUGUGCCGCAAAAAUAUCACAGGACAGGCCAUAGCCCGAUUUCUGUUAGAAAACCCUGUGAGGUGAAGAUUCGAUAUCAUGUAAAUCUAUGAAAGGUCAUAUUUCACUGAUACACCUGUAUUUUUCUGAUGAACAUUUCAUUUCACAUGUCGAUACUUGUUCAUGCAUGCUAAUAAACGUACUUGCUCAAU